CCUGUGAUCAGAAAUUUCAUUGGUGGAGUUCUGAGGCUGGUAAUUAUUACUGAUAAAAAACCUCUCAAAAUGAUGCUCCUUGGAUCACACUUCAGUAGGAAAUCCUUCUCUGGGACAGUAUCUCAGCCGGUGCACAGCAGCCCUGUGCGACUUCCCACUGCAUCUCCAGAGAAAUCUGAUCCUUCGUCCUUAUGCCUAAGCUCACUUCCUACCUGGAUAACACAGGCCUUAUGUGACCUAACACAAGGUGAGCAGGAGCUCCAACGUCUUAGAGAACAACAAACAACAGAAGUGGAUGAAGUGAACCAGAGUCUUGAUUCUGCUAUUCUUGGUGCUCAAAAAGAAGAGCGCCGCCUGUUGGAGAAGGUGGAGAAAGACCAUCGAGAAGCCCAACAGAGAUUACAGCAGCUCAAACGAGAAAAUGCGGCAGCAGCUCGAGUGGGGCAGUCCCUGGUGGAUCGGCAACUGCGAAAGAUGAGCCAACUGAAGGAGCAAAUUCAUAUGUGGGGUAGAUGCCCCAGUGGACCCAACAAGAGUCAGUUACUGAGAGGAGUUCGAGAACUAAUGCAACCAUGGGAGAUCUCACUUUCCCUGAAAAAAGUUACUUUCCAGCCCAGUCCCCAGCCCAAUACCGUUCCCUUUGGAGAGAUUAAUGUGCAGGAACACAGCUUGACUUUUCCAGUUGGUGUUUGUGGACCGCAGGGGCAGAAAUGCGCCAUUCACACUGGUGAGAUGGCACAUGAGAGUCAUGUGGCUGUGUCUGAGCAGAUCCCUGCCUCUUGUAAUGGUGGUGGGGACAAAGAAUCUUCAAGGACAAACAGUGGGAGUAGCCGUGUUGUCAGGAAGAUUCGCAUAUCAACUGCUGAAGAAGAUGUGUUAGGUGAUGAAGUAAAGUUACCCAGCCCCAAACCACGUAAGCUUUGGCCACAUAAGCGAGACACCUCAGAGUCCUCCCAGGAGGAGGAUUUGGAUUCACUUGGCUCUGAUUCACGUGGAGAGGAUCUAUUUCUUGCAAUCCACCCAUUGUCAAGCCAAGGAGAAUCAGAGGGAGAUAGCCCUGGAUCUGGACGAAACGGCAUCAGAAGACGUUCGUUCUCCAGAGGUCACAGGAAACAAAGGACCCUUGUUCCAGUUUCAAGCCAGGAGCCAUCCUGCCCGCCAGAGGAAAGUAGACUCGAGGACUCUGGGAGAAGCCGAGGAUUCCAAAGAGGAAUGUCAUCUCCUGCCACAACUGGCUCAGAGCAUCACGCUCCUAAAACAGAUUAUGCUAGAUCUAAGUCAAGUUAUAGCUGCUUGGAUCUCUCUUCCAAAGAGCAACCACAAUAUGGUGCAACAUCGUUUGCUGUACCAAGGCGAUCCCCUUCUCCAGCAGACAGCGUGGACUCCAGCUAUACCUUCACAAUCAGGUCAGCAAGUAGUCGCUGUAGCUCUCUGAAAGGAGAAAGCCGACAUUCUAUCUCGACAGCUGACCUAUCCACCAGGGAUCGCCCUUUAAUCAAUGGUAAAGAAGAGCAUCAGAAGAGGUUAAAUCAAAGUAACUUGUCAACUCCCAAGUCAAAUAUGGUAGGCUUUAAAAGAUCUGAGACACCUCAAUUAAAAGAUCAGCCUCUGAAAAACACCUCUGAGGGUUCCAACAGAGUAUGCCGGUCUUUGUCCAUGUCUGCAAUAGAAGGGAGAGCUUUGCGCUCAACCAGGAAUGACCAAAAUGGAGACAGAAGAAGAAGAGAACGGGCAGAUUCAGGGCUGCCUAAGGUUGAGGAAGAGAGGCGUACUCUAAAAGUUGGUCAUCUGGUCAAGAAAUUUGGCAAGCAGGGCUCUGGACGCACUGACUUCACUUUGCCCAGUGGAGUUCAUGCCACACCUCAAGGCCAGCUGUUUGUGGUGGACUGUGGAAAUGUCCGAGUGCAGGUAACAGACCUGCAGAGGAAUGUUGUGCAACAAGUGGCUCCACCAGCUUAUGAUGGUAACUCACGACACUGUCGCAACUUCUUCGAUGUUGCUGCUAACUCCAAGGGCCUGAUAGCACUUACAUGUGCUGCGGAACGGGCUCUACUGGUGUUUAACCGCCAUGGCCGCCUCCUCCAGACCUAUGGAGCAUCAGGUUCUCAGCAGGAUUUUGAGGCCCCAAGAGGUGUCACUGUAACAAGGCUUGAUGACUUCCUAGUGGCGGAUAUUCGACGUGGUACAUUAACAGCUCUCAAACUUGAUCCUAAGACAGGAGCCAAGAUGGAGCGCACAGUAGUCACGGGAUUUCACAGGCCUUACCUGGUUGCAGCAUGUCUAACUACAGGCCUGAUGGUUGUGUCCGAGAGGGGCAAUGAAACCGGACGGGCGCCUUGUAUAAGAGUGCUAGAACCUGGUUGGAACACCAUUCGCAUCUUGGGUGUGUGCUCUGGUAUGGGGCCUGUCCUCACAAGCCCUUGGGGUAUUUGUAUUGACACAGAUGGAGAUGUCCUGGUGGCUGACUGGGGCAAGCAGCAUCGUGUGGUGCUUUACCCUGCUGUUGGGGUGGGUCGAUCAAUUAUUACCCAAGGCCUCAGCAGCCCUAGAGGUCUUGCUUUGUUGCCUGAAGGUCAUCUUGUGGUAUCAGAUAGCAUGAACCACUGCAUCAAGAUUUACCGCUAUAAGUAA